CCAAGCUCCCCGCCAUGAGUGCUCAUCCACCAAACGACCAUGGCUAAUCCACGCAUCAAUAAAGGACGUACGAACCCGGUCGAGUAUGCCAAUACUCCGCCCUACUCGAUCGUUUAUUCCAACGAAAUCUCGAACACAGAGACUUGAUCAUCUCGGUUCAAUUCGAACCAUAGCUCACUGUCGACGCCUGGUCUCACGAUCCUCCCUCCCGCUGCCAUUGCAUCCGUAUCAACCCUCCAAAGGGCUCAUACAAUCCCAAAUACGCACAAUGAGCACACCAGCAGACCAUAAACCCCUCAAAACGCCCCCGAAAGUCCCUCCCGUCCCACGACCCAGCUCAAGCGUCCUCCUCAUCUCCCCAACGAACCAGAUCCUCCUCCUCCACCGCGUCCGAACAUCCUCCUCCUUCGCCUCCGCACACGUCUUCCCCGGCGGCGCGCUCUCGAAAUCGCACGACGGCCCCAUCCCGGACGUCGACUCCCCCGACCGCCACCGCGACGGCCCAGCCUACCGCCUCGCCGCCGUGCGCGAGACCUUCGAAGAAUGCGGCAUCCUCCUCGCCAACAACAAAACCACCGGCCGCCUCUUCACCGAGAUCACCGACGCGGAGCGCGAGGAAGGUAGAAAAGCCGUACACUCAGGGAAAACCAAGUUCAAUGACCUCCUCGAGAAAUGGGGCGCCGUGCCCGACACGGACGCCCUGAUCCCCUUCACCCGCUGGGUGACGCCCCCCAACGUCCCGAAGAGAUUCACAACCCAGAUGUACAUCUACUUCCUACCCGUGGGAUCCGUCCUCCCGGGCAGCAACAACAAGACCGACAAAACCUCCGGGCCUGUCCCAUCAUCCGGCCUCGAAGAGGAAGACGCAAUCGUGAUCCCGAACCCCACGCACGACGGCGGCAUCGAGCACACGGCGGCGCGGUUCCUCCCGCCAAACAAGUGGAUCGACCUCGCGCGCCAGAACCGCAUCAUCCUCUUCCCGCCGCAGUUCUUCCUCACGCUGACGCUCGCGCCCUACCUUUCCCCCUCCGUGACGUCCCCGUCGUCGCCGAUCCCGUCGCCUGCGGAGCUGCAGAGGGAGCGCGAGCGGUUGUUGGAGUUCCUGGAUAGGCCGAGGGUGUAUGGCGGGGAGAGCGAGGUUUCGUUUGCGGAGGCGUGUAUUUCGCCGAUCGUGCUGGGGAAGGGGGAGUAUGGGGAGAAGAAUCAGGAUGGCGUGGGGAAGGGCGUGGAUAAGUAUACUGCGGUGCUGAAUCUUGAGAGGCCGGGGAAGGAGGUUGAGCAGUCGGAUCCGAGCAGGAGGGGUAUUAGGGAGUGGGUGGUCACAACGAAGUUCAAGGGCGAGGGGCCAAGGGAUGUGGAUGUUAGGAGGAGGGAUGAGAUACUCGGUGGCGGAGGGGGGAAGUUGUAGAUUGUCAAAUGUGGUUUUGAGAAGACGUACUUUCUGAUUUUUGCAUGGAAUGGAUUAUCGUGUAUGGUUGCAUAGAGAGAAGAGGUACUGUCAUGUAUGGCGUAUAAAUAAUAAAUUAAGAAUAGGGUAGGAAAUAUGACAUAAAUAAAGAUAUUCGCGAAGAGAAAUGGUAUCUAAU